AUGGGUCUCACUGUUUCUAAGCUGUUCGAUCGACUAUGGGGGAAGAAGGAGAUGCGUAUUCUGAUGGUCGGUCUUGACGCUGCCGGAAAGACCACCAUCCUGUACAAGCUGAAGCUCGGUGAAAUCGUCACUACCAUCCCCACCAUCGGCUUCAACGUUGAGACCGUCGAAUACAAGAACAUUCAGUUCACCGUGUGGGAUGUCGGUGGUCAGGACAAGAUUCGUCCUCUGUGGCGCCACUACUACCAGAACACCCAGGGUAUUAUCUUCGUGGUGGAUAGCAACGAUCGCGACCGUGUUGUCGAGGCCCGUGAGGAGUUGCAGCGCAUGUUGAACGAGGAUGAGCUUCGCGAUGCUCUGCUGCUUGUUUUCGCCAACAAGCAAGAUUUGCCUAACGCCAUGAGCCCCGCUGAGAUCACACAGCAGCUUGGUCUCCAGAGCUUGACCCGCCGCGCUUGGUUCAUUCAAUCCACCUGCGCCACCACCGGUGACGGUCUCUACGAGGGUCUUGAGUGGCUCGCCGACACUCUCCGGAAAACCAACCGCGAUUAA